AUGGCGACGCAGGUGUUCGACUCGGACAGUGAAGACGAGCUACCCCCGGGCUGGGAGGAACGCGUUACCACCGACGGCAAAGUUUACUACGCCAACCAUGAAACACAAAACACCCAGUGGAAGCACCCGGUUACUGGCAAGAAGAAAGUUGUCAAAGGAGAACUUCCAUAUGGCUGGGAGCGAAGUGUCACGGAAGAUGGAACUAUGUUUUUUGUUGACCAUAUUAACCAAAAGACAACCUACACAGACCCAAGACUGGCCUUUGCUGAGGAGGUCAAGGACUCGCCCCUGGACUUCAGGCAGAAGUAUGAUGGCAGUAGCACAGCUCUACAGAUCCUCCAUGGCAAGGAUCUGACUGGGAGGUUUGUGCUGAUAACUGGAGCAAAUUCUGGGAUAGGUUUUGAGACUGCAAGAUCUCUGGCUCUUCACGGAGCAACAGUAGUGAUGGCUUGCCGCAAUGUCCAGUCAGCACAUGAGUGUCGGGCCAGGAUUUUACAAGAACGGCCGGAGGCCAAAGUGGAGGUCAUGUUCAUUGACCUUGCAUCUCUGAAAUCUGUUCAACAGUUUGCUGAUGACUACGAAGAUAUGGGAUGGCCGCUGCACAUACUGAUCCUCAAUGCAGCAAUAUUCGGCACCGGUUACAUCCAGACAGAGGACAACCUAGAGGCCACGUUUCAGGUGAACUACUUGUCCCAGUUCUAUCUGACCAAACUCCUUGUCAACAUCAUGAUGCGGUCUGCUCCAGGGAGGGUGGUCGUUGUGUCCAGUGAGAAUCACAGAUUCAGUGAUUUGAAGGAAAACAACCUGACUGUGGAGAAGCUGUCUCCAAAAACCCACACAUAUUGGCACAUGAUGGCUUACAAUAACUCUAAGCUGUGCAACAUUCUCUUCGCCAACGAGCUCAACUGCCGGCUGUCACCUCAUGGGAUCGUGGCCAACUCCAUCCAUCCAGGAAACAUGAUGAGUUCAGGCCUGUCCCGCAACUGGUGGCUCUACAGGCUUCUCUUUGCUUUGGUUAGGCCAUUCACAAAGUCCAUGCAACAAGGGGCAGCAACCACAGUUUAUUGUGCUGUGGCCGAAGAACUCGGCAAUGUUGGAGGUUUGUACUUCAAUAACUGCUGUCGUUGCCCUCCUUGCAAAUUGGCAGAGAACAAAUCUAUGGCUGUCGCCUUGUGGAGCUUGAGUGAGCAGAUUUUGAACAGCCGCAUUAUCCCAAGAAAGAUUGUUCCCAAUGAUGGUAGCUGA